AUGUCUCAAGAUACUCAUCUGUUCAGUGUCAGGCGCCCGGGGCCCCGAGAGACGCUCGGGAGUGUACAGAACUAUUCCUCCAUUCCGCAGCCCGCUUCUGCUCUUAAACGCACGAGUUCAGUCGGGUUCAAUAACCCUCCAUUCACGUCACAAAAUGCCCGUCGCACUUCGCUGAUGAAUUCGGCAAGCAGGCCUCAGCAGCCCAACUUCGCGCGUGCUUCAAUGGGAGGCCCAUUUGGUGCCGAGGCUGGUCUUUCGUCUGUUCGCCGGUCCGUGUCGAGCAAUAUGUUUAGUGGCGCCAGCGCGAGUCGCCAAAGCUUUGCGCCGGGCUCUCUUCAAUCCAAUCCCGCCCCCCCGAACCUACAACGUCGAAGCAGUGUCUUCUCCAGACCGUCAAUGAGUGGUCCCAUGGGCCACCAGUCUUUUUUCAAUCAAGUUCCCAGUGUGGCGGGUGUUCCUAGGGAUCCACGACCACUUCGGGAUCGAAGCUUCCAAGCGCGCAUCGGACAGGAGCUACUGGAGUACCUGACCAACAAUCAAUUCGAGUUGGAAAUGAAGCACUCUUUGGGACAAAACACCCUCCGUUCACCGACUCAGAAGGAUUUCAAUUACAUCUUCCAAUGGCUGUAUCACCGUAUUGAUCCUGGGUACAAAUUCCAAAAAGCCAUGGAUGCCGAAGUGCCCCCAAUUCUUAAGCAACUACGUUAUCCAUACGAGAAGGGAAUCACAAAAUCACAGAUCGCAGCUGUCGGUGGUCAAAACUGGUCAACAUUCCUCGGCAUGCUACACUGGUUAAUGCAAUUGGCGCAAAUGAUGGAGGGCUAUGUGCAUGGGCAGUACGACGAGGCUUGCGCAGAGGCCGGUGUUGAUCUUACAGGUGAUCGAAUCAUUUUCCGUUUCCUGACUCAGGCAUACCAUGAUUGGCUUCAAGGUGGUGAAGAUGAGGACGAUGAUAUGGCCGAGCAGAGAUUAGUUCCGCACAUUGAGAACAUGUCUGCCGAGUUCGCCCGUGGAAAUGAACGAUAUGUGCAAGAGAUGGAAGCUUUGGAGGCAGAAAACCAAGCUCUCCGUGAACAAAUUGAAGAGAUGGAGCGGAAUGCGCCCGACAUGGCUAAAUUGGACAAGCAUUUCCGAAUUCUGGAGGACGACAAACGAAAAUUUGAGGAUUACAACCAGAACGUCAAGGGCAAGAUUGAGAAAUACGACACGAGGAUCAAAUUUUUGGACGCCGAAAUCCAGAAGACCGACGUUGAACUCAACGCGACUGAAACCGAGCGAGCUGAUCUUCAAGCCAGCGUUGAUCAACAGGGAAUCACCAUUCAAGAUAUUGAUCGCAUGAACACGGAACGAGAACGUCUUCAGAAGAGCCUUGAAGAUACAAUGGCUCGUUUGGAAGAGACGCAUUCUCGCGUCAUGGAAAAGGAGGCAGAGGCUAGCCAAAAGCUUGAAGAUUUGGAGGAAAUUGUCAAGGCAUACAACACUCUCGGCUAUCAGACGAGUCUAAUUCCUUCUUCUGCGGAGAAUGCCAAGGGUGAGGACUAUGAGCUUCAACUGAAUGUCAACGAGAACAAUUUCUCGGCCAGUCAGGUCGGAGGCCCACCCAGUCGCAUUCCAUCGGAGGGCGACCGUCUCUUGGCCGACCCUUUCACUGGAUACCAUCCGGCGCACUUACUGAAUCUCGAUCUCCGGGGCCUUGUGCGUAAUAAUCUACAGUCGCUCCGAAAGGAGAUCAACGAACGUCGGAAACAAGGGAUUGACGAUGACCUAGACCGUCGCAAUCUACUUGACAAUAUUAAGGAGGCGAUGGAUGAGAAACGAAGCGAAGUCGAGGCUUUGGAGCACCGACGACGGGCGGCAGAAGAGGAAUUUGAACGUACCAAGGAAAUCACCACCACUCAGAAGCUGGCAUCUGACGCCCAGAUUGAGAAGAUGGAGAAGGAGCUUGCCAAGAUGCGCGCCACCCUGAGCGACAGUGUCCAGUUAAUGGAGCAACGAGAGAUGAACACCAAUAUUGAGUAUGAGCAGCUGACUCUACGGGCGAAUGCACUCCGGGAAGAAUUGCACACCAAUGUGGAGACCAUGCUUAACGAUGUCAUCCGUUUCAAAGUGCAUGUCCAGAAGGGCCUAGAAGACUAUGAGAGCUUUGUGGUGGAUGAGGUGGAGCAGGAGCUAGGAGGUGACAUGCCAUCUGCCGAGGAGGAACUAUGA